AUGACUGAAAACACCAACGCAGCAUUAACGCCCAUACAGACGGAACAAAAUAUUGGAGACAGCCAAUCUUCCAAACAACAAGAUGUUGAUAUGGAUGAAGAGGUAUCUGCCCGGAUGACGGCGUCAUAUAGUGAAAUAUCUUUUAAUUCGGAUCAUGACCAAGGCAACGAUGAGCAAAGGCGCGCUGGACCCUCGAGACCAUAUGAUUUACCCUCUGAAAAUCGAAGGCAAGAUAAGCUUCCCCUAGAUAUUGGUGGACAUGUUCGGUAUGAAGCUCCAGUGUGUCUCGGUCCAGUACUCCUUCAGCUCAAGUCUGUGAAAUGGAUGAACGAGAGAGCCACAGCCAACAAAGCCUAUGUACCGACGACGGUCGAAAAUGUAGCGAACGUCUGCACACACGCACUUUGCGUGGCCCCCGCUUCAUUCGGUGCUCGCGAGUUGCUCACUCGCUCGGCGAACGCCCCCCAAGCGAUUGCCGCCGUCGUGUACGGCCUGGCACUAUGCCUGCUGUUCGCCGUCUCGACCACCUUCCACUCAGUGUGCUGCUGUCGAUCUGACACCAAAAUGAAACGCUUCCUGCACCGUUGCGACCGCGCCAUGAUAUACAUCUUCAUCGCGAGCUCCUACUUCCCCUGGCUGACGGUGGGCACGCUCUCCUGCUGGAUGCUGCGCGAGCUGCGCUGGGCCAUCUGGCUGCUGGCGGUCCUCGGCAUCACCUACCAGCAGAUAUUCCACGAGCGGUACAAGAUGCUGGAGCUGCUGCUCUACUUGGUCAUGGGCUUGGGGCCGGCGGCCAUCAUUGUCACGUCGAAUCACCAGUUCCCAGCGAUGCACGAUCUGAAGUUGGGCGGGAUGCUGUAUCUGGCGGGCGUGUUCUUUUUCAAGUCCGACGGGCGAAUACCGUUCGCCCACGCCAUAUGGCACGUCUUCGUCGCCCUAGCCGCGUCCGUUCACUACCUGGCGAUCCUCCGACACCUUUUCCCGGAGCUUAAAUCUCAG